GUUUUGCUAUCAACCAUGGCGGACCAAGCUGCGAGGCAGCUUCAGUACGAAUAUAAAGCGAAUUCUAAUCUCGUCUUGCAAGCUGACGUACGGUUAAUUGAAAGACGUAGCAGAGAUGAAGCCACAGGUGAGGUUAUGUCCCUUGUGGGAAAACUUGAAGGAUCGAGGAUGGGAGAUAGAGCACAGAGAACGAAACCAGGAAAAGCUGAGGAACGAAAAGUCAAACGUCAAAAGCGUGAUGAAGCCCAGUACGAUUUUACCCGGAUGAAAGGAGUGACUUUGCUCUCAGACAAUAUGGACGAAAUGGUCGGUAUAAUAUACCGGCCAAAAACGCAGGAAACUAGACAAACUUACGAAGUUUUAUUAAGUUUCAUCCAAGAAGCUUUAGGCGAUCAGCCACGUGAUAUUCUCUGUGGUGCUGCUGAUGAGGUUCUAGCAGUCCUAAAAAAUGACAAACUGAAAGAGAAAGAAAAGAAAAAGGAAACAGAAUCAUAUUUAGGGCCACUGGCAGAAGAAAGGUUUGCUCUUCUCGUUAAUCUUGGGAAAAAGAUCACAGACUUUGGCACCGAUGAGAAAAUGCAAACGAAUGACGAUAAUCUCGAAAAUGGUAUUAAUGUUCAGUUUGAGGAGGGCAGCGAAGAAGACGAUGAGGAUGUUUAUGGAGAAGUUCAGGAAGGGGAUGAUGACGGCGAAGAAGGAGAAGAAGCUAAUGAUGAUCGUCUCAUCCACGCUGAAAAUUUGGGUGGAGUAGAAGAAAUGAAAAAAGAAAAGUCACUUAAUCCCUGUGACAUAGACGCAUAUUGGCUUCAAAGGAGACUCAAUAGAAUUUACAACGAGGCCUUGGAAUCACAAGCAAAGACUGCCGAAGUACUGCAAAUUCUGAAAGACGCAGGAGAUGAUCGCGAAUGUGAAAAUCAACUCGUUCUUUCUUUAGGUUACGACUGUUUCGAUUUCAUUAAGCAACUGAAAAAACAUAGGCACAUGAUUGCUUAUUGUACAAUGUUGGCAUCAUCACAGUCAGAAUCAGAGCGUCAGAAAAUUCGCAACAAAAUGAACGAUGAUCCGGCUCUGGCAAAAAUUUUACGACAGCUGGAUAAUGCGGGAAAAGGUGAGGAAGAAAAUGACGAAACAAUGGAAGCACGAGCGCAGAGAAAGAGAAGAGAAGAAAACGAAGAUACGGGUGGACCUGGAGGUCAGGUCCAGGGAGCGAGGAAUAUGAUAGAUCUGGAUGACUUGGUAUUCGCCCAAGGCAGUCAUUUCAUGGCGAACAAACGUUGUCAGCUGCCUGAUGGUAGUUUUAGAAAACAGCGAAAAGGAUAUGAAGAAGUCCACGUUCCAGCCCUGAAAGCGAAACCCAUCGGCGAGAAUGAGAGACUCUUUUCAAUCGAGCAGCUACCAAAUUACGUGCAGGCGGCUUUUGAAGGAUUCAAGACACUCAACAGAAUUCAAAGUCGAUUGCAGCACACUGCCUUGGAAAGUGACGAAAAUCUCUUGCUUUGUGCCCCGACUGGUGCCGGUAAAACUAACGUCGCCUUGCUUUGUAUGAUGCGUGAGAUUGGCAAACACAUCAACGCGGAUGGAACAAUCAAUGUGGACGAAUUUAAAAUAAUAUACGUUGCACCAAUGCGUUCACUCGUACAAGAAAUGGUGGGCAAUUUUGGCAGGAGGUUGGAGUCUUAUAAUAUUACAGUUUCCGAAUUGACCGGAGACCAUCAGCUGACUCGAGAACAAAUUGCCGCUACCCAGGUGAUUGUCUGCACUCCAGAAAAGUGGGAUAUCAUAACUAGAAAGGGAGGAGAGAAAACGUUCACAUCCCUCGUCAGACUUAUAAUCAUUGACGAGAUUCACUUGUUGCACGAUGAAAGAGGUCCCAUUUUGGAAGCGCUGGUUGCCAGAACUAUCAGAAAUAUCCAGACUACUCAAGAAGAUGUUCGUCUUGUCGGUCUUUCUGCCACCCUACCCAACUACCAAGAUGUUGCCACAUUUUUGAGAAUCAAGCCAGAAACUGGUUUGUUCUAUUUCGACAACAGUUUCAGACCAGUGGCCUUGGAACAGCAGUACAUCGGUGUCACCGAGAAGAAGGCACUGAAGAGAUUCCAGGUGAUGAAUGAGAUUGUUUACGAGAAAACGAUGGAGCAUGCUGGUAGGAAUCAAGUUCUCGUUUUCGUGCAUUCGCGUAAAGAAACCGGGAAAACGGCAAGAGCAAUUCGUGACAUGUGUUUGGAAAAAGACACUCUCGGUCAGUUUCUGCGAGAAGGUUCCGCAUCUAUGGAAGUUUUGAGAACGGAAGCUGAGCAAGUGAAGAAUCAGGAACUCAAGGAUUUACUGCCCUACGGGUUUGCUAUCCAUCAUGCAGGCAUGACGAGAGUGGAUCGAACCUUGGUAGAAGAUUUGUUCGCUGACAGACAUAUUCAAGUUUUGGUCUCUACUGCCACUUUAGCUUGGGGAGUAAAUUUGCCCGCUCACACUGUCAUCAUCAAGGGAACUCAGGUUUACAAUCCGGAAAAAGGUAGGUGGGUCGAGCUCGGUGCUUUGGAUGUUCUGCAGAUGUUGGGUCGAGCUGGUCGACCUCAGUACGACACAAAAGGUGAGGGUAUCUUGAUAACUAACCACAGCGAGCUUCAGUACUAUCUUUCACUUCUAAAUCAACAACUCCCGAUCGAGUCGCAACUCGUGAGCAAAAUGGCAGAUAUGCUGAAUGCAGAAAUUGUCCUGGGUACGAUUCAGAAUAUCAGAGACGCGGUUACUUGGCUCGGGUACACUUAUUUGUACAUCAGAAUGCUGCGAAGUCCCACAUUGUAUGGAAUCAGUCAUGAUAAGUUGAAAGAGGAUCCUUACCUAGAAUUGCACAGGGCUGAUCUUGCCCACUCGGCAGCAAUGGCCCUGGAUCGCAGUGGUCUCAUCAAGUAUGAUCGGAAAUCUGGAAAUUUUCAGGCAUCAGAAUUGGGAAGGAUAGCCUCGCAUUAUUACUGCACACACGAGACGAUGCAGACCUACAAUCAGUUAUUGAAGCGCACACUCAGUGAAAUUGAACUCUUCCGUGUUUUCUCGUUGUCUGGUGAAUUCAGGAAUAUCAAUGUCAGAGAGGAGGAGAAGAUGGAGUUGCAAAAGUUGAUGGAGCGAGUACCAAUACCUGUGAAGGAGAGUAUUGAAGAACCGAGUGCAAAAGUCAAUGUUCUCCUGCAAGCUUACAUUUCACAAUUGAAACUCGAAGGCUUUGCUCUCAUGUCUGAUAUGAUAUAUGUAACGCAAUCAGCUGCGAGGUUGAUGAGAGCCAUUUAUGAAAUUGUUUUGUUUCGAGGUUGGGCCGCCUUGGCCGACAAGUGUCUGUCUCUCUGCAAAAUGAUAGACCGAAGAAUGUGGCAGUCAAUGUCACCUCUGAGACAGUUCAGGAAAAUGCCCGAGGAAAUUGUACGCAAGAUUGAGAAAAAGAAUUUUCCCUGGGAGAGGCUCUACGAUCUUGGACCCAACGAAAUUGGAGAACUGAUUCGAGUACCAAAGUUGGGUAAGACCAUUCACAAGUACAUCCAUCAGUUCCCGAAGCUGGAUCUAACAACUCAUAUUCAACCCAUCACUCGAUCCACUCUCAGAGUUGAAUUAACGAUUACGCCAGACUUCCAGUGGGAUGAGAAAGUUCAUGGAGCUUCGGAAGCUUUUUGGAUUCUAGUUGAAGACGUUGAUUCCGAGGUUAUUCUCCACCACGAGUACUUUUUACUAAAAGCAAAGUAUUCGAAUGAUCAGCAUCUUAUCAAGUUUUUUGUUCCCGUUUUUGAACCCUUGCCACCUCAAUACUUUUUGCGUGUCGUCUCUGACAGAUGGAUUGGGGCUGAAACACAACUGCCAGUCAGUUUUCGACAUUUGAUUCUUCCCGAGAAGAACUUACCGCCAACAGAACUUCUCGAUCUGCAACCGCUUCCGAUCACUGCUCUGAGAAAUCGGGAAUUCGAGAAAUUGUACGCAAGUCCCUAUCGCCAGUUUGAUCAGUUCAAUCCAAUUCAAACGCAGGUCUUUAAUGCCGUUUACAAUUCCGACGACAAUGUCUUUGUCGCAGCACCAACUGGAUCUGGAAAAACUACAAUAGCCGAGAUCGCAAUUUUCCGUCUACUCUCGCAGAAUAGUGAUGGGCGCUGUGUUUACAUGGUGAGCAAGGAACCUCUUGCUGAACUUAUUUACGUCGAAUGGAUGGAGAAAUUCGGUCGUGGCCUCGGGAGGAAAGUAGUUCUCCUGACUGGAGAAACAGGAACGGAUCUGAAGUUGAUUGCCAAAGGACAGAUAAUUAUAACAACAGCCGAGAAAUGGGAUGUGCUUUCUCGUCGAUGGAAGCAGAGGAAGAACGUGCAGAAUAUUCAGCUCUUCAUCGUCGAUGAACUUCAGCUGAUUGGAGGUGAAGAGGGUCCAAUUUUAGAAGUGGCUUGUUCGCGGGCGAGAUACAUAUCCAGUCAGUUGGACAAUCCGGCAAGAAUGAUUGCACUUUCAGCAUCAUUAGCUGAUGCGAGGGAUGCGGCUCAGUGGCUGGCAGCACCUGCCGCGGCCACCUUCAACUUCCAUCCAUCGGUUAGGCCCAUACCUCUGGAGUUACACGUCCAGGGUGUCAAUAUCACUCACAAUGCUUCUCGACUCGCAGCCAUGUCGAAGCCGGUUUACAACGCCAUCUUGCGACACGCUCCACACAAGCCAGUCAUCGUCUUUGUUCCCACUCGUAGGCAAGCCAGACUAACUGCGAUUGAUCUGCUGACAUUCACGUCAGCUGAGAACCAACCGGCCAGGUUCUUCCACGCGGAGGAAUCCGACAUCAAGCCCUUCCUGGAUAGGAUGAGUGACAAAACUUUGAAAGAAACUCUGUCGCAAGGAGUGGCUUAUUUACAUGAAGGCCUCUCAGCUGAUGAUAGACAUCUAGUUGAGCAACUCUUCGCCACUGAGGCAAUUCAGGUGGCAGUUGUCACUCGAGACUUGUCCUGGGGACUCUCAAUUAGCGCUCAUUUGGUUGUUAUUAUGGACACUCAGUGUUACAAUGGUAGGACUCAUGCUUAUGAGGACUAUCCGAUCACUGAUGUUCUGCAAAUGGUGGGUCGUGCGAACCGACCUGAAUCGAAGGACCACGACGCCAAGUGUGUGCUUCUUUGUCAGAGUUCGAAGAAAGACUUUUUUAAGAAAUUCUUGAAUGAACCACUUCCGAUUGAAAGCCACUUGAAUCACAGACUCCAUGAUCACUUUAAUGCUGAGAUUGUUACGAAGACGAUUGAGAACAAGCAGGAUGCGGUUGACUAUCUGACAUGGACGUUUUUGUAUAGAAGGCUGACACAGAAUCCCAAUUACUAUGGUCUCCAGGGUGUUACUCACAGACAUUUGUCAGAUCAUCUUUCUGAACUUGUUGAGACUACUCUUACCGAUUUGGAGACAGCCAAGUGCGUCUCGGUUGAGGAUGAAGUGGACACGAUACCUCUCAACUUGGGUAUGAUUGCCGCUUACUAUUACAUCAACUAUGCGACGAUUGAGUUGUUUAGCUCAUCUCUCUCGAGCAAGACGAAAAUCAGAGGCCUUUUGGAGAUUAUUUCCGAGGCGGCUGAAUACGAGUUUGUGCCUGUGCGACAGAGGGAAGAGAGUUUGCUGAGAAGUUUGGCCAACAGAUUACCCCAUGCACCGUCUCAGCAUGAGAGAAUGGCGAAUCCACAUGUGAAAGCUCUGCUCUUGCUCCAAGCUCACUUGUCCAGGAUUCAACUUGGACCAGAAUUGCAGAAGGACACAGAAUUCGUGCUGGGAAAAGCUCUCAGGUUAAUUCAAGCGUGCGUGGAUGUGCUGAGUUCUUCGGGUUGGUUGGCCCCAGCAGUUGCUGCGAUGGAAUUGGCGCAGAUGGUGACGCAAGCCAUGUGGUCUAAGGACUCGUAUCUUAAACAGCUGCCACAUUUCACACCCGAAAUUAUUAGACGUUGCACUGAAAGAGAGGUGGAAACAGUAUUCGAUAUCAUGGAACUUGAAGAUAACACGAGGAAUCGACUGCUGCAACUUUCAGAUGCGCAAAUGACGGACGUGGCGAAAUUCUGUAAUCGGUAUCCGAAUAUAGAGAUGUCUUAUGAUAUCCAUGACAAGGAGCGACUUCGUAGUGGUAGAACGGUAAAUGUUACGGUCCAAUUGGAGAGAGAAGAUGAAGUUGUGGGACCUGUUAUUGCGCCAUUUUUCCCACAGAAACGAGAGGAAGGAUGGUGGGUGGUUAUUGGUGAUCCAAAGCAGAAUUCCUUGUUGUCUAUCAAGAGAUUGACUCUGCAGCAGAAAGCAAAAGUUAAGUUGGAUUUUGUUGCUCCAAGUCCUGGACAGCAUUCCUAUACUCUGUACUUUAUGAGUGAUGCUUAUCUGGGUUGCGAUCAAGAGUACCAGUUCACUCUCAACGUUGGCGAGUUUGAGGAUGAAGUCUCUUCUGCAUCUGAUUCGGAUUAAGAUAUUUGUAAAGGAUUUUUCUGUUGAAUCCAUCAAUUCCGUAAGAUUUGGGUGUUUGAAGACAAGUUCUAGAGUGUGGAAUGCCUGAAAUUUAGCGACGUGAGUACAAUAUUCGUGUAAGUUUUAUGAAUGAUCGAUUGUGUGAAAUACGAUAAUUUGCGUAAUCGCCUCCUUCAUUUUGUACAGUUUAAGAAACUAGGAUUAGAAAUAACUGUAAUAUUUUAAUAUUAUUAUAAUUAAAAUUGUGUACCAUCAAAAUCGGAUUACUUAAUUAGAAAUUGAUUCCGUGAAAAUUCUCAAAAUUAAUCGAAUCGUUUG